CAACAUGGCCGAUCACAUGACACACUCCCAUUUAUGACCGGUUGUCGUCCAACAAGGAACUUGUCUGGCUGUAUUAUGCUGAUGAUUUUGUACUGCAGUCUUGCUUUUGGGCGAUGACUUCCUGCUUGUUUUGAAGCCCAGACUAAAGAUUGCCAGCUCUUGGAUUAAGAGAUGAUAUCUUCAGGGGGUUUCCUGGCCCUGUUCCUGUCUCUGGCCACAUUCUCCUUCGCUUUGGACAAUGGUCUAAUGAGGACACCUCCCAUGGGUUGGUUGGCAUGGGAACGGUUUCGAUGCGACAUUGACUGUAAAAAUGACCCCAAGAAUUGCAUAAGCGAGAACCUCUUCAGGGACAUGGCGGACCGCCUGGCUGAGGAUGGCUGGAAGGAGCUGGGAUACGUCUAUAUCAAUAUCGAUGAUUGCUGGUCUUCCAUGGAGCGUGACAGCCAGGGCCGACUGCAGGCAGACCCGACCAGAUUCCCAGGAGGAAUCCCCAAACUGGCCCGCUACAUCCAUGACCGAGGCCUGAAACUGGGCAUCUACGGGGACCUGGGCACGCACACCUGUGGCGGCUACCCGGGCACCACGCUCGACAAGAUCAAGGUGGACGCUGAGACCUUCGCUGAGUGGGGCGUGGACAUGCUAAAACUGGACGGCUGCUACUCUAAUGCUACAGAGCAGGAGAAAGGUUAUCCUCUGAUGUCAGCGGCUCUGAAUGCCACGGGCCGGCCGAUUGGCUACUCCUGCAGCUGGCCUGCCUACCAGGGUGGGCUUCCUCCUAAUGUAAACUACUCACUGCUGGGAGACAUUUGUAAUCUGUGGCGUAACUAUGGCGAUAUUGAGGAUUCCUGGGCUAGUGUCCUGGGCAUUGUGGAUUGGUUCAUGACCCACCAGGAUAUUCUGCAGCCUGCUGCUGGGCCCGGGAAAUGGAACGACCCUGAUAUGCUUGUCAUCGGGAACUUCGGCCUCAGUGUGGAACAGUCACGCUCCCAAAUGGCUCUCUGGGCCAUCAUGGCGGCUCCCCUCUUCAUGUCCACUGACCUUCGCACUCUGAGCAGCGAGGCGCGGGCCAUUCUGCAGAACAAAGCUGUCAUAGGCAUCAAUCAGGACCCCAUGGGUGUCCAGGGUGGGCGCCUGUUGAAGGAGAGCAGCGGUAUUGAGGUGUUCUGGCGCCCCCUGUCGGAUUCGGCUAGCACGCUAGUCUUCUUCAGCCGACGCACUGACAUGCCGUACCGCUACACCACCAGCCUGGGGAAACUAAACUACACUGCAGGCGUCUAUAAGGUGUAUGAUGUGUUCUUGCAGAAGACGAUGCCGAUGUUGAAGGACUCCACAGAGUUUACCGUCUCCGUUAACCCCUCGGGGGUGGUUAUGUGGUACCUGAUCCCCAAAGCGGGCGUCUGGGAGGAGGGUGCGAGGUACCCUGACCCCCGACACAGGUCCAGAGUGACGUUGUGACCCCAGUGUGCUGAGAAGCUCCGCCUCACCUUCAGAGACCCUCGAGGGGUAUAACUUCCAAUCAAUGUUUACAUCGUUCAGGUAGCUACCAGCCAGUACUCCUGUUUUAUUGAUUUUAUAAAUAAAAUGUGUUUUUUAAGCUUGUUGAUCUUGGCUGAUUUUGAAGGAAGUGAUAUUGGAACUGAUAAUCAAACAUCCAGAUUAAGAUUUUGACCAUCAAGUGCCUGACAUUUCACUGUGAAGUUAUUAGUACUCCAGCUGAGUUGGACAGUGGUGGAACUUGUAAAUUUUGCUCAGUAAACAGCCAGUCAGGAUGAUUAAAAUCUUGGCAAACGGUA